ACUGGAGCACGUGUGGGCCACCACUGGGAGACUGGAGCACGUGCGGGCCACCGCUGGGAGACUGGAGCACGUGCGGGCCAACGCUGGGAGACUGGAGCACGUGCGGGCCACUGCUGGGAAGCUGGAGCACGUGUCGGCCACCACUGGGAGACUGGAGCACGUGCGGGCCACCACUGGGAGACUGGAGCACGUGCGGGCCACCACUGGGAGACUGGAGCACGUGCGGGCCACCGCUGGGAAGCUGGAGCACGUGCGGGCCACCGCUGGGAAGCUGGAGCACGUGCGGGCCACCACUGGGAAGCUGGAGCACGUGCGGGCCACCGCUGGGAGACUGGAGCACGUGCGGGCCACCGCUGGGAGACUGGAGCACGUGCGGGCCACCGCUGGGAGACUGGAGCACGUGCGGGCCACCGCUGGGAGACUGGAGCACGUGCGGGCCACCGCUGGGAGACUGGAGCACGUGUGGGCCACCACUGGGAGACUGGAGCACGUGCGGGCCACCGCUGGGAGACUGGAGCACGUGUGGGCCACCACUGGGAGACUGGAGCACGUGCGGGCCACCACUGGGAGACUGGAGCACGUGCGGGCCACCACUGGGGAGACUGGAGCACGUGCGGGCCACCACUG